CACAAGCAGGGAGAGGCGGAGGAGGAAAAGGCAGAGAGAGAGAGCCCAGCCCUUGAAUACACGGCAACAACACGCCGACAGAGAGAGAGGGAGAGGCAUAGAGAGACUGGCUGAUUUUUUUGGGGGGAGCAAAAGGAGCUUUCGACGCUGCGGAUAUGAACUGAAAAGAAACACUGGAAGAGGCAGGGAUCGUGUUCCUAUAUCCCGAAAAUUUACUGUAAAGGUGGAAAACUAGUCCCCCUAAACCCUCCUCUCUCCAUAACAGUUAUUAUUCAGAUAGAGCUACACCCAAAGCCCCGACCGACCCCCUCCUGCUCCUGCUGCUCCACCCCUCCGCCGCUGCACCGCUCCGGCAACCGAGAUGCACACGGAGACCCGUAACAAGAAAUGCCAGUCAACUCCUAAGCAGAAGAAGAAUGCUGGCGGCGCCCAGAAGAAGCAGAGGAGCCCGGCCAAGCAGAGCGCCCUGACCCGAAAACAGCAGCAGCAACAACAACAGCAACAACAACAACAACAACAACAAGCGCCGCCGUCAUCAUCACCUCUGCCACCUGCAGUCCAGGAAGAGGAGGAGAAGGAGGAGGAGCCGGUGACCAGGCCUCAGCCGCCGCAGGAGGAGGAGGAGGAAUCAGGCGAGGAGGAGCGAGAGGAAGCAGCGACAAAGCCUGUGAAGAAGAAGAAGAAGAAAGGAAAGGAGCAGCAGGAGGAGGAGAAGCAGGAGGGCGAGACAGACAUGCCGUCUGUACAGAUCAAACCGGAGCCAGAGGAGAUGGAGUGCACGCAGGCAGACAUAGGCACCGACUGCCCACAGCCAACAGACCUGAAGGUGAAGACUGAGUCGCCAGUUUGUAAGACGGAGCCCUCUUCGCCCCAGCCGUGCCCUGCCGAGGACCAGACCGAGCCUGUCGACCUGUCCCUCAACAAACCCCGCUCCUCUUCGCUCCCCGCCUGUACGAUGAGCGUCACAGUCAACCCUGCGCCCAACAGUGCCGUGACCCAACCCAGCCUGUCGGCCACACCGGUCCCCUCUGCGGUACAAUCGAUAGGCUCCAUGGUCCUCUCCCCGGGCUCCAUCCUGGCCACGCAGGGCGCCGGGGGACAGCAGAUCCUGCACGUCAUUCACACCAUCCCCUCGGUCAGCAUGCCCAGCAAGGUGGGCCAGCUGCAGACCAUCCCUGUGGUGGUGCAGUCGCUGCCUGUUGUUUACACCACCAUGCCGACAGAUGGCGUUGCCACGGCAGCCAUUACAGUGCCGCUCAUAGGCAGCGAUGGGCGCUCGGAAGGAUCUGUUCGUAUUAAGCCAGGUUCAACGUCUCCAGUGGAGUAUCAGAGUGACAGCGAUGCAGAGAGCGGUACGGAGUCUGGAUCGGCCUCCCUCAGCGCCCAGAGCCUUGACGCAGGGUCGGUCAUGGACUUAGAGCCCGUCGAUCCAGACUCGCCGGACAUCAAGAGAAGGCGAAUCCACAUGUGCGACUAUGAAGGCUGUAAAAAAGUUUACACCAAGAGCUCCCACCUCAAAGCCCACAGGAGGAUACACACAGGAGAGAAACCCUACCACUGUACCUGGGAGGGCUGCACCUGGCGCUUCGCCCGCUCCGACGAGCUGACCCGACACUUCCGCAAGCACACAGGAAUCAAACCUUUCCGCUGCACCGAGUGCGACCGCUCCUUCUCCCGGUCUGACCACCUCUCCCUGCACCGCCGCCGCCAUGUCAUGAUGUGAACUCUGACCUCCCCCCUCCCCGACACUCACAAUACCCCAUCGACCCCCCUCCUCCCUACAAACCAACCUCUUACCCCGUGACGUCUCGAAGUCCUUCACAGCACAUCUUGUACCAGUGCCCCCCACCCCACCCCACCCCACACGAACCUCUGCUACUUCCUGUUUCCCUCCUCAUCUCUGCUGACCCCCCCACUCUCUUCGGAUUUUAUGCCCCCUUCAAAAGACAACUGUACCUCCUUCGUCCUCCUCCUCUUCAUCUUGAAAUCACAGGAACAUCAGGAACGCGUCUGUUCGUUUCUGUGUGUGUGUGUGUGUGUGUGUGUGUGUGUGUGUGUGUGUGUGUGUGUGUGUGUGUUACAGGAUUUCUUUCUUUUUUUUUUUUUACUGUGUGUGUUUCAUCGUCAUUACCACCACCGUCCACCUGACGCCCCUCCUGCUCCACAACAAUCCCCUCCCUGCCACCCUCCCACUCAACCCCAACUGUCACAUAAUAUGUCUCCUCAUCAGAAAGAGGAAGAUGGACUGAAGGACAUCCAGCGGCAGGGACGUUCAUCCAUCCAUCACAUGCAUCCAUCCAUCCAUCCAAAGGAGAGGAAGAGGAGAGGACGAGAGGAGGAAUAAUGUGUGUGUGUUGUUUUUAAACUAAAAGGACAAGGGGAAUUUUAAAAUGGAUGUCUCUUCAGCUGCUUUUUAUUUUUUGAAAAACAAUUUCAUUUUGCACAUAUCCAGAGUUGGGAAUUUAUGUGAAGCCAAAAUGUCAUAUAUUGUGGAUUUUUGGAAGCAAAGGUGAAAGACCCAAAUAGCUCUUUUCCACCACAAGAACAUUUUCCAGGAAACUUUUUAGGAACCUUUUUUUCCAACCCUCCUGACAUGGAAAAACUGGCAAAUUACGAUCAAAAUCAGGAAUUGUACGAUAAAAGAAAAGGUAACUAAGUUGACAAAUCUGUCCAGACAUUUGAUGCCAAAAGUUUGGUGCUCAAUUUUAUGAAAGUUUUUUGGUAAAGUAUUUAAGCUCCAUUCCCAGCCCUUCUCUGAGCCACAGUUCCAGUCCCCAAAAAAGUCCCUGUCCCUGGACCUUCCUAAGUCACUGACACAAUUUGGGGAAAUGGGGCUAAAAAAACCAAACAGCUUUGGAUUUUCAAAGUAAAAGCUUCCCAACUCUGUGCAUAUCAGUGUAUGAGUCUUUGCUUCACGGCGGCUGAAGUCACAUCAGACACGUUUCCCCUCUUUAGGCAAACAUAUCUGAGGCGUCUGAGGCUAAACGUAGUUUAUUUUGUCCUGACCUGUCCACCCCCCCCACCCCUCCUGGUACAGGGAGCUACAAGACUGUGAACUUUAUAAAGAUUCAUUUGUUUUCAUUGUAUCAAUCACCUUAUUGUUGUUUGCGUGUUCUCCCCCCGCACACAUCUUUCUGGUUCUUCUUCGAUAACAGUAUUUGCUUUUUAUGCGUUGUUGUUGCUGUUGUUUUUUGAAAUAAGGCCUUCAGUUCUGUCUUUUAUUUUUAUUUUUUUUCUUCUUUGCCAGGUUUGGCACUCUUUAACAGAAUGGCACCCUUUUUAAAAAAAAAAAGAAAAGAAAAAGAAUUCAGAUCCUUUAGUUGUGUUCUGAGGCUGUGAAAAAGACAGAGGAGACACAAAUAGUUUGAGAUUACAAGUAAAACUCUCACGCAGGGAAUAGGGGAGCUUUUCUGAGUGUGUGUUUUUUGUGUGUGUUGUUCACGUGUGUGUGUGUGUGUGUGUGUGUGCGUGCGCAUGUGUGUGUUUGGGUGAGUGUGCAUGUUUUGAGACAAACACAUAAUCAGAAUUUAAGAUUUUUACGAGUGUGUGUUCCGGGCACUUGUUGUUCUUUUACCUCUUGCCCGUUGAGCCUUAAUAACCGAAGUCAAUCUGUAAGGGCGAAACCAGAACCUCUGACAGAGGAGACGUCCGGCCAAAGAUCAACUGUGAGUCUCCACCGAGACGUAACGCUGUUUGUCCAUGAGAAACCUGAUCUUUGCGGCGAAGGCUUAUGUUUUUUUUCGUCCUCUGCAGAAAGGAUGUUCCUCACAGCAGCGAGCGCUUAGCACGCUUUUUUUAGUCUUUGAAACCAGGAAGUGAAAGGUGCCAUGAAUAGCAGUUUUUAAAAAAAGUCACAGUUUAAUUUGGAGACAAAUCGCCUUGAGAGGAGAUGAAAAUCCCUUCUAGUCUUUGCAGGCUUCUUCUCAGUAUUUUACAUUGUGACCCACCUGGAGGCUUAAGGCAGAAAAUCUGCUGAAUUGCUUCACAGCACAAAUCAGGAAAGGGUGUGGGGGGGCACUGUUCCUCCACAACAAGCAGAUUUAGAGUUUUUCAGAUGUUUGAUGAUGAGAUGAGCGGAAGAGAUGUAAAGUUAAAGAAAGGAUUAGCCUCCUUUUCUUCAUAUUAAGCUUUAGAGGAAAUGUGGUCUUACUCUUUAGAAAUUCAAGCAUUUGUCUCCUUUAAAACGCAACCUGAAACACCCAACAAAAGCCAUUUGCACUCUUUUUAAUGACCUUACAAAAAAAAAAUCCAUGGAGCAACAGAGCUGUGGAGCCAACAUGGCUGCCACUGGAAGUCACAGUGGACCAGGCCGUCUGUCAGUGGUUCUGGGAGAAACCUGGCACUGUGUUGGGCUGUCAGGGUCCGCAGUGCCUGGGGUUUAAACCACGGGGAAAGUAAGCGCUCUCCUCACUAGCAUUUCUACCAGGGUGGGGGGUCAAUUCUCUUUCAGCUUGUGACAGAACUUAAUUUAAUGCCUCAAACAACUAGCAUCUAAUACAAUCUAACAGAGAAUCUUGCUUUUGUGUCCAAAACCUUCCUGACACAACACCCCUAACUUCUAGCCUGUGCUAAAAUCCUAAUCUAAAACAGCACAUUUUUCAAACUUUAACAUUUUUGAAACACAGUUGAAACAAAAUCGACCCCCAGUGACCCUGCUAUGACCCAUGGUGUCCAUGUCUUAAGGGGGCUGUUUUUCAGCUCCUGAUCUGGGCUGAACUUGAUUAUGCAACAUAACGCAGACCUCGCUCUAAGCGCUGUUCUGAACUCAGAAGUAGAGCACUAGCUGGUAGUUGUACUGCUCAUAUGCAGCUCACCUAGGUUGUAACCAGAUCCUUAAAAUAAAAAAGAAAGGGAGGUCAGGAUGUGUAGAAGCCUGUUUGUGAUUGUUGAUCACUGAACGAAGCCACCUCUGAAACCACCUCUGAAAAGCUAGUAAGUGAGAGCAAAAUGUUUCAUAUGGAAUAUGGAAGCAAAUCUGUCUGACCAGAUUCUGAAAUUUAAAAGGCUGUGGAUUUAUAGCACUGAAUUUUUUAUUUUUUUGACUCUGAAUUCAACUCUUGAAAUUUUCAGUAACUCAUUUCACUGAUAUUUUUUAUGUUCGCAAAUUCAAAAUGAAAAAUUCAACAUCAAAUCAACAUCCAUCAUAUGACCAACGGAGCAUAACUCGAUUGGCUGGAUGUUGGUUUGAUUGGAGACAGAACCCUUUGUAUUUAACUUGAAUUUUGGGAUCUCAAUCUGAAGCAACUUGAAUAACUAUAAUUCAGUUUUUUUUUUUUUUUAAAGCUUGAAUAUUUCAUUCUUAAUUUGGGAACAUUGAAAAAUAACAGUGAAGUGAGUUAUUGAAAAUUUCAUGAGUGGAAUUCAGAGUCCCCCAAAAAAUUCAAACACAAAAUUUCAAUGCAAAAUAAAUAGAUAAAUGAAUAAAUAAAUAAAAAUCAGAACUAGAAAUUCAAAGACUGAGUUUCAAAAUCUGGUGAGACAGAUUUGCCUCCAUAGUUUUACAUCUGACUUUUCAUAGUGUGAUAACUGAGACGGAUGUGCAGGCUUCCUGUGAGCUGAGUGCAUGCCAUGCCAGGGCAGAUUGUGUCUUUUGGUCUGCACACUGCAAAAAAUAUCCCCCGCAGCAACUUCGCUGAAUCUGGUUUGGGAUUUUGAAAUCUCAUUACUAUUUAAAAAUAAAAAAAAUUAGCUCGUUGAAGGAUAUCAAGUCAUAUCAAGGAGCAACAUUAUGAAGAAUCUGAACUAAAUUCAGUCACUUGUUUUGAGGGAUUUUAUUCUAUUUUUUGCAGUGCAGAGCAAUAUGCAAUGUCCCCAUUCCUCUUAACAUCCCCUCUGCUUCAACUUAAAAAAACAACAAAAAACAAAAAACAUAGUUACUAAGCACAUCUUUCUAGAAGAGUAUAUGCAUUUAAUUGCAAUUUUCUUUCUUUUGUAAACUGUUGAUAAAGACAUUAAGGACAAAUAAUUAAGAGAAAUCCAUGUACAUAAAUGUAUAUAAUCAAAAAGUGCAGAGUAAAUGUAACGGGUGAAUUUCUAUUUUUAACACUGACUAGAUAAUGUGAAAAAAUCUUUUUUUCUUCUUCUUCCUCUGUUGGUUUGAUGAAGUGUGUUUCAUCAUGUGUUCAUUUUUUUUCAAAUCUAAUAAUGCAUUUGUUUCGUAGUUUCCUAAAAAAAAAUGGUCCCACUUGUGUUGUGCACACUUGUGUUGCAUGGAGAGUAGCCUUCUUGUUUUCUUAUAGUGAUGUUGGUGAGCAUGUCAGUGUGUGAGACCGUGGGGUUCCUUUAACAUUAAUGAUCUGAGGGAAAAAAAAAAGCUCCACUGAGAAAUCACGUUGAAAAUAAUUAAUUAGGCAUCAGUUUAUUAUUAUCAUUAUUAUUAUUAUUAUUAUUAUUAUUAUUAUUACAACAGAGCUUGAUCUUUCUGCACUGGACCUGAUUUAAAGUAUCACAAAAUAAUGAAGCAGUCAGUGAAACAUGAGAUUUAGUUGGUUUGGGUCUGAAAACAUUUUUCACACUCUGUAGCUUUAGUUGUAUUCAGACAGAAAAUUUCAGGUCAGACGGGGUUAAAAAAUCCUUUUUUUAAUAUGUUCACGAACAUACAGUUGAUUGCUGGUUUUAUGCUUAUCAGGUCAGUUUGGUUGAAAAGUUACAAAAAAAUUGUAGAUGCAAAGACGAACCAGGAAACAACCUAUAGUUGCCAACAGAAAACCAGCUUACCAAUAUUUUAUCCGCCAAAUAAAAUAUAGACAAUUAAAACACACUAAUGUAUUUUCUCCCAUUUGAAACUGAACAAAAUAACAGUUAAUUUAUCUUGGUAAAAAUGAAGAAGCGUGUACCUAUUUAUGGAUAGAAGAAGAUGCAACAUGAGAAAACGGGUUGCGCUGCAGAAGCUAAUUGAACAGUAAGGAAAGUAAAAAGGGUCAGAAGGAUUUGAGCCCUUUAGAGACAUUAUGUUCCUUUUGGCCAGGGUACAGGGUUGGUUUGAUAAACCGAGAAACAGCUCAGGUCCCAUUUUCCUGCUUGUUCACCCAAAUUACAGAAGCAAAAACCCAUUUCUCACCUCUAAUGGUAUCUACCCAUGCAGAUAGUUUUGGCUCUAUUUUUUUUUGGCUCUGUCACAGUGUAAUGGACAGGAGUGGUUUUUGCUUGUGGUGCCCACUGCAUUGAAAAAUGACAUUCCUGGUCAGUUCACAUUGAACAGUUUUGGUGAAAUUAUUUGAAACCAGCAUUUUACAGUGGAUGUUCACUCAGUUGUUAUUGAGGCAGGAUGUGACAAGAAGGAAGCAAGGGGUCAUAACCUCUAGUCUCUGCUCUGUCCUUGGUGUCAGAGGUGAACAGACCUCCUUGAGAUCAUUCUCCAGCCGUCCACUGACUCCUGGCAGUUUUGAUCUGUUUGUGUAUCAAUGGAAAUCUCAUCAACAAGCUUAUAAACAGACAUUUAGUCGAGAUUAUUUUUUUAUUUUUAUGUCAAACUAUAAUUUCGCAGGCCAAGAAUGAAACAUCCUGCUUGGUUUUCAUGGGGAUGUUUUCAGUAGAAAUCCAAUGGAAACUCAAGACAGUGACAUUUGUGGAUUAAGCAGAACAUUCAGGACAUUGUUUAAUCAUCUAAACACAAACACCUCCGCUGUAUUGAUAUAGAGGCAUCUGAAAACCUGGAAAAAUAAAUCCAAAACUGUCUGCACUAAAAGUAACUGAGAUAUAUUUUUGAUGUAUAUUUGAAGCAACCCCCCUAACAACACUGAUCUCAACACGCUUUUAUUUCUAGGCUCAUUUACUCAACAGAGCACAUGUUUCGUUAUUUAACUAUAAACGCAGCUAAAUUGGUUAUUUCACAGAACAGUCAAACACACACACGAAAACCUCCAGUGCCACACCAAGGAUAGUCAGUUAUUGCGCCUCAGAGCCUGUUGACGACGACCCAGACAGAGUCUUAUUUUUUCGCUGGUGUUGGAGUUGUUGCCGGGAGACUGAUGCAUGUGUUCGUUUUUUUUUUUUUUUUCUGCUUCCUGUUGUUUUCGUUGCAGUUUUUUUUUUUUUUGCAAAGCUUGUUUUCCCACGGUAUUUUCUUCUAAACCUUCUGUUUGUGCGUAAAGCAGGAAUGUUCAUCUGAAAACAGCGACAUCUGAAAAGAGUUUAUUUCCUGCUGAGACCUGAGGGAUAGAGUUCAUGUCUGACGGUGACGUCACUGACUUGUGUCCGUCUGUGUGCGAGUGCCUCAACUCACCAUGAAUCAUUUCCUCUGCAAAAUCAGAAAUUUUAGGUAUUUUCUAUUGAAUGCAGUAACUUAUGGGCCAGUACUAUAUUUACUCAGUGCAAUGCAGUUUAUCAUUAUAAUAAUACAAUUAUUAAUAAUAUUUUUUUCUUUUUUUUUUGUAUUUGUACAGAACAAAUGUGUAAAGAUCAGUGAGGAAAACGUGAGCUUUUUGAUACUGUGACUCAUGGUGUUUAAAAGUCAGUUUCUCCCUGUACAGUUGUGAUUAUUUCCCCCUCCCUUCCUUCUUCUUUUAUAGAAUAAAAAAUGUUUUUGGUGCAA